AGUUUAAAUGUUAUCAAAAUAUCAAAAACAAUAACUCAGAUUUGUCAUUGUUUAUAUUUUUCAAUUUUACCAAGAUUCUAUAAUUUUAGGUAUUACAAUAGAUAUGAUAAUUGAAAAUGUGUCAUGAAGGAUGUCUUAAUUGUAUGCUUAGAUGGAAACUGUGGAUACGUCCGCUUUUUAUUCUUUUAUAUGCACUAGCUGCAUUAGUUUUUGUACCUUUAUUUUUAGUAAAAUCAUUAGAAGAUGGUUUCAAUAAGCACGAUCAAGAGAUACUUAUAGGCGGGGUAUUUGUAUGGGUCGCUAUACCCUUGUCUCUGUGGGAAAUUAUACAACAUGUUACACAUUAUGUGCAACCAAAGUUACAGAAACAUGUUAUUAGGAUUUUAUGGAUGGUUCCAAUUUAUGCGAUUAAUGCUUGGUUGGGACUUAUAUAUCCUGAGCAGUCAGUAGUCGUAGAUAGUCUCAGAGAAUGCUAUGAGGCAUUUGUUAUUUAUAAUUUUAUGGUAUUUCUUUUGAAUUAUUUAAACAUGGAAAUGGAUUUGGAAGCAAGUUUGGAACUGAAGCCUCAAGUGAAGCAUAUAUUUCCUCUUUGUUGUUUACCAGAAUGGGAAAUGGGAAGACCUUUUGUUUACACCUGUAAACAUGGUAUCUUACAAUACACCAUCAUAAGACCUUUAACAACUGCAAUAUCAAUUGUGUGCAAAAGUUACAAUGUUUAUGGUGAUGGUGAAUUCAAAGCCAGCGUAGCAUUUCCAUAUUUGCUUAUUGUAGACAAUAUUUCCCAGUUCUUGGCUAUGUACUGUUUGGUGAUGUUCUAUAAAGCCAGUGCUGCUGAAUUGAGACCUAUGAAACCACUGCCCAAGUUUUUAUGCAUUAAGGCUGUUGUGUUCUUUUCAUUCUUUCAAGGAGUAUUAAUACAGUUUGCUGUUUACUUUGAGAUAAUCAAACCAGGACCUGAUAGUGACCAAGACGGUUUAAGUCUUUCUACACGGCUUCAAGAUUUUUUAAUAUGCAUAGAAAUGUGUUUAGCAUCUAUAGCACAUCAUUACAGCUUCUCUUAUGAACAAUAUCUUACUGCGGACUCGCCUAGUAGAGGACAAUCAUGCUUCUAUUCAUUUUUGGCUAUGUGGGAUAUGUCUGAUGUGCGUACAGACGUUAGGGAACAUUUAGGCAUUGUUAGUAGUUCAAUUAGCCGCAGAAUAAGGGGUAAAAGUAUGUAUAGCAUUCCAAGAGGUGAAGAUGAGUAUUCUAAUCUGGUAUCGCCACGUAUGCCAAAUAGCAUGCCAAAUCCGGGAUAUUAUCAAAACGAAAAUGAUGAUACCAUAAUUGUUAAUUAUGGUACCGUAAAUUCUAGUCAACCAGCUAAAGUACAUGCUAGCAGCAGUACAUAGAUUCCGACUGAAAUUUUUAUAUAUUCUGAAAAUAUUGAGAUUUAUUUAGGAUAGAAAUUCUACUUUUAUACAUAAUUGAUAAUAAAAUUAUCAAAGAUCAAAAAAGAUUGAGUACGUUGUUAAUAGAUUUAUUAAAAAACUUCAUCGAUAUCCACGUUUUUGCUAUUUGAGGGCUAUGAAUAAUAACUUGUAUUAGUAUACAUCCUUCACAAAGCUCGCUUGUAUUAUUUUCAAUCAAGAAGGGGUAUUCAAGAUAUUUUUUUAAUCUUACGUAAAAACGUAUACUUGACAUUACCUAUAUUUAGAUGGCUCACCACAAUGUUACUAGUUCUGACCAAAUUGGCUACCCCCGGGGGUUAAACCUCAGUUAUUUUUAAUUUUUUAUGUUUAACAAAAAGGGGGGUAAAUUGGAUAGCUCAUGCUAUUAGAUAAAAACAAGUAAAUUUCUUAUUUUUUAGACCUUUUGAUAUGUUUAAGCUUAUAAAUGUUCUUGAUUUUAGGUUCCUUCUAAUUUAAAAUAAAAGAAACUAAUCAAAAGAGACCUAAAAUCAAGGACAUUUAGAAGCAAAGUAAUUUAUCUUUUUUUGAUGUAGUUGCAAAUUUUGAAGGUGUAUUAACACAAAAAUGAAGAAAUCUUGAUAACUAUGUUAUAAUAAAUUCUUGUUUAAAUGUAAUAAUGUACUGAGUGAAAUUUUUUACUAUGUAUUAACAAAGCUAAAAUAAAACUUGAAAUAGAUAACAAACAAUUAACAAAUGAAUCAAAAACUAGAAUGACAAAGCAUAACCUACAUUAAAUUAUUUAUUUUUUCGUUUUUGUAUCUAUUUAUACUAGUAGAUCUAUCUAGAGCUUUGAACAGAAAAUAAAAAUUUAAUUUGAUUCGAAUAGUCUUUGUGAACCUUUAUAAAAUAGGUGAAAAGAUCUAAUUCAUUUUUUAUUAUCCGUUUAAAGCUGUAGUUAUCUGCUAGCAUAAAUAUAAAUUAAGUUGCCAAAAUAUGGCGAAAAAUAAAUGAUUUUGUUGUAUGGAGGGUGGAAAGGAGGAGUAUCUCUUAGGGGAGAAAAGUUGAAACAAGUGUUUAGUUGUUUAAGGUAAAUAACAGUACGAAAACCUUCCAGAAUAGCUCUGGUGUAGACAAAGAGUAUGAUAUGGAUGUAGCAGUUGUAGAUGAAUUAAUGUAUAAAGAGUUAAAAAGUUUAUAUUAUUUUUGACUCAAGCAGUUCAUUAUUGAAAAUUGUUGUAGUAAAUAGCUGCUUUCCAUUUUCAUCAAAACUCACGACGUCAUCGCUCAGUUCAAUACACAUUACUUUUCAGUCUCACUAGUGGAACCUAACUGAGUUUUUACCCGCAAUCUGCUCAAGAUGAGACCGUGUGGUUUUAGUGAAUUUUGUGAACUCAGAUUGAAAGUGAGGUUGAGAUCUUGUCUUCAAAAAAAGCAAUUAAUCACACAACACUAAAAAACUUACAUAACUGAUCGUCUCAGAUCACUUUAAUGUAAAUGGUAAGCAGCUAUUAUAACCUAAAAGAUAUUUACCCUGAUGCUAAUAUGGCGCCACCCUUAUUUAUUUGAUGAGUUUGGAUAAUCCACAAUUAUUGUGCAAUGUAUUUCCCCAGUUACAUUGUUGAAAAUGUGUAAAAAGGUACAACAAAAAAUGGAUAGACAUAAAAGAGAUAAAAAGCUAAACAAUAUGUGAAACAAUAUUAAGAAACAUAUAAUUUUCAAGCAAUAAAGAUUCAACCCAUAGAGUGGUGGCAUCUUUCAGAUAAAAAUGGAAUUUAAACUUUUUAUUUUCGGUUGAGUUGAAACUUUCCAUACCUAUAGUUUCCUAUUUUUUCUGAAUUGCUUAAAGUACAUUUUGAAUGUCUUCUUAUCUUGUAAUUUAUUGUCAGAAGUUCCUUAUACACAUUGUAGUAUCAUUUUUGUUUGGUUUUUUAUUUUGUUCUAUAGGUAUGUUUAGUUGUGUAAUUUUUCAUGUUUUACCAGGUAGCUUCCUCUCUGUACUUAGUAUACUGGUCGCUAUUUACUUUUGUGAAUAUUUUAGGAAUUCAUUUCCAUUUUCUAAACUUUUGAAAUGAGCUUCAGUCGGCAUGUAAAUAUCUUGCACCUCAUUAGUCCGGUAUAGUCGGAAUUUAAUGUAUGCUAAAAUGUCUUUAAUGGUUGGGUACUGCUAAAAUGUCAGUCAUCAUCUCUACUAAGUAGAAUAUUGUAACCAUUAACAAUUGUUAAAAUAUAUUUUCUGACUUCCCGAAUAACACAAAAUUAAUAAAAUUUAAUUAUUCUUCUCUUUUGUGACAGAUAUAAAAUGAGUGGUUAAGGUUAACACUCACAAACGGCGCUAUGUGGUUAGAACAAAUAAUAUUGCCGUGAACCAUCUAAUACAGAUAAUCGUAAAUGAAAUACUAGUCAAUGAAUCAGUAAUGUCGUUAGUUAAUCUAUUUUUUUAUGAAGUGUUUUGUUAAUACAAAGUUUUUAUUUAUGUCGCAUAAUUACAAAACAGAUUACAUCUUUUUAAAACUUGAUGUUGAAUUCAGUAUCGGGUAUGUUGGAUUUUGUAUUCAAUUUUCACUUACGGGCAUUUCGACGAUUUAUAAGCUUUGAAUGUUGAUAAAUCAUAUUUAUAAUCGAUAAAAAUUAAAAUUUAUUUACAAAGAAAUAUAUAUGUUAUAAAAUAAAUUAUUUUUCAAUCAA